AUGAUUGAUGCCGCAUACAUUCUUGCCUGGAUGGGCAUCGUGUUGCUGCAAGCUGUAGCACAUUACUCGGUCUCGGCACGAAAGCGAUUCGAUCCUCACCCGUUGGAGGCGACGGAAGAUGUCUGCCUUGACGAAGUACCUCCCCGGGAGCAAUUAGCAUCAUCCAUCGACGAACAGGACGAGCGCAGUGACGAAGACCUCGAUGGCGAAGAGUUUGAUCGACUACUAUCUCAAACUGGAAGUGAAAUGAUGAAUAGUUGCCGAUCACUCGAAAGCAUAGUUCAAGAAAAAAUUUGCCAUAUUAAUUGA